AGUAGCUAUUGGCUAAGCUAACGACAACUAGUCAUCCAAUAGUCUUAAUUACCCUUGCUGGUACUAUCAGGGAAUAGGUAUUUUUAACAUCUAGGUUAGCUUGCUGAUGUUGCAGGCGAAUAGGUUGCGCUUAUUGCUCUCAGCCCUUCCAGCACUGCAGUCAUGUGGCCAGUAGUAUGGACAGCCAUGCGGACAUAUGCUCCUUACAUAACUUUUCCCGUAGCCUUUGUGGUGGGGGCUGUGGGCUACCACCUGGAGUGGGUCAUCAGAGGGACCCCCACUCCCAGACCGGGGGAGGAGAAGAGCAUUGUGGAGCUGAGGGAGGAGAGGAAGCUGGAGGAGCAGGCUGGUCAUGAUAGUACCCAGGUCCUCAGCCUGAAGGAGAAACUGGAGUUCACCCCCAGGGCAGCGCUUGAGAGAAACCGACCCGAGAAGAGCUAACCGUUCCCGGGCAGAGGACCUGAAUCUCCCCCAACCCCAACCAUGUAGCCCUGGUUCUGUGGGGAAGGAGUUCUGCGUUUUUGAUUAGGUGUGACAAUAUGGAAGACUUUCUUUCUGACUCAGCUGAAGUCCUUGGGCACUCAAACUUGUGACUAGUUGGUUUUGAUCUGUUUGUCUGGUCUUAAAUUUCAAUAAUAUAAAGUAUUGUGGGGUUGUUUGAGAGAGUGAGAGAGAUAAAGCAGUGUUU